AUGGAGGCUUCACCGUGGUACAACGCUGUAAACACAGCAAACACGACCACAUCCUACGCGUCUCUACCCAGUGGAUCCUGCAAUUUUCGUCCACUCAGUAGCGGCCCCAAAGCUCCAACAUGUGGUUGUCGUAGAUUCUGGCUCGACAAGCCCGUAGAUAGUCAGAAUGCACCCUCCAUGCUCUGCGCAUGUGGCCACCACGCUUGUUUCCACGAUGCUACAACCGACGCUACCCCACCUGCCAACCUGAUGCGACACAGCAGCGCUCCCUCUGUACCAUCGAAUCAUCAUGGCGGCCGCAAUACCAGUCUACACAUUGGUCCUCUCAUCCAGCCACCCACUGUUCCCACACAAGACAAUAGCAGACAUGAUCGGAUAGAGCGUUCAAGAGUUGCACCAUUGUCCAACGACAUCUGGGGACGCUUGAACAACUUUGCGCGAUGGCAGCAAGAUCCAAACUGGAUCCCCUCUACUGCGCCUGCUAGCGUCUUAUCUUAUGAACCGCAACCAGAACCACAGCACACAUCGACUGAACCAUCGCCGGUAAAGAGCUCAACGUCCAACGAACGGCGAUAUGCGUCACUAUUCCCGAAUAUGGAUGGCUUGAUGGCUAGUCCUACUGUUCAAGGAACACCCUUAGCCGAUUAUGUACCCGAUUCUCUACGGAUGGACGGGCCUCCAGAUGCUCACGAAAAUCAAAAAGACACGUCUUCUGCACACGACCAGCCUUCAAAGCCUGAAAAUGCUGACCUCGAAACUCAUGAGCCUUCAGACGCCAAACCAUGUCUAGAGAUCACGAAAUUCGUCGACAACAAACCACAAGAAGCACCAAGCACUCCAACCAAAGCCGUAACGCCAGAUGUUCAAAACAUCCUUCAGAGCUGUGUACGGCGACUAGAAACACUGGAGACCUACUCAUUCUCACACGUCCCUCUCGAUGAAGUGCAAGAGAAGUUUGAGCUCUUCGAUGGCCGCUUGCUGGAAAUGGAGUACUGGAGGAAAGACAUCGAUGCUCGUCUUGAGAAGUCACAACUGGCACUUGAGGGAACCGACUCGCAAGCAACGACAUCUUUCCAGGAUCUCAAGACAUAUGCUGGCAGCAAGGCACUUCUCUCUCGUGUGUUUGAUGUUGAGGAUCGCCUAGCGGAUCUGGAGGGUGCACAACCUUCGUACGCCAACCCAUGGGAGAUCGAGGUUGUCCUUCUCCCUUUCGGCCGCACUCUGAAAGGAGUCUGGCAUGAAUCCACCGACUCUGACCCAAAUGCAUGCCCGAGCACACCUGUCGCGCAAUGCGAUCAAGCAGGAUCAUCUUCUGGUAGUUUGCUUGCCCACACUGGGAAUAAAGGACCUGCUUGGACCGCGGAUACGAUUGAAGAAUGGGCGAACACUAUUAAUCCAUGGCUCUGGCCAAAAGCACCAGGUCUAACCAGCAACCUGUUCAAACGUCUUCAAAGCCGAGGGCUUGUUCGCAAUGUCAGCAUCGUUGAUACUGGCGCACGUGGCGUCUGGGAGUCAAUCAAAGAUGCCUUUGCAGACUUUGUCGAAUCGCAGCCAUACCAUCGUAAGAACAACCAACAGCAACCAUACGAAGCACUAAAAGAGCCAUUCGUGCCGCUACGGAAAAUCAAAAAAUCUUCCUGGCUCCGCUACAUGGAACCACACGAGUUGAUCACACCCGCCACAUGGGACAUCUCAUUCCUAGAUUCAGGCGUCUUCAUGAAUGGCAAAGGUGGCCGCAAACGCCUCUACAUGACAACUGCCGACGGCUACAUCCAGCCAGGAAAAACCGGUUGGACAUGGCAGCAGAUCCGCGAUCUACCACGCUACGAGAACGCCAUGGCCAGAUCCGGCAUGUUAUUCGGCAGCGAAGUACCUUCCGAGCCCUUCUGGGCACACAUGGCCGCCCUCGACGACGCACCCAUCUUCUCCUCUUUUAUAUCGCAAAUAUCUCAACACAGCAGCACUUCCCUAGGUAAACGCCGCAGUUCGGGCGUCACUUUCGAAGAUCCAGACCUUGAAAGCCUAUCGGGCAAAUCAUACACCUCAGACUCCUCUGCCGACACCAUCACCCCACGUUUCUCUGAAUCCUUCCCUAUCAUUACAAAACGUGCUUCUCAGACCAAACGCCGCACCAGUCCCUCAUGCACACCCAUCGCCUACCAAAAACGGCGUCGCACUUCCGGGUCGCCGAGUAGAUACAGAGGCGGCCUUGAAGAACUGACGCCGCGAUGGUCGCACGAACCUCCCACACCCAUGUUGGAGAAUGCAUGGGAGACACGGAGUCAUUGUCGAGCGGGCUCCAGCAGAAAAAGACUCAGUACACCUACCGCUUAUGCUACACCGCAUAGCCACAAUGUUGCCAAUGUUGUUGAUUUGGCCAUGGCUGAUGGAGGUGAUACGGAGAUUGAAUCUGUGGGGUCUGGGGCUGCUGAUGACGAGUGGGCGGGCCUCGAUGAAGAUGGUGAUGUUAGUGGCAUGUCACAGUUGAGCCAAUCUAGCUGUUCUGCUAGUGAGUGGAUCGCAGAUGAAGACGAGUCUUUUGAUCAAGGAGGGCAGGAGAACGAAGAUGAUUAUAGUCUCUACGAACCAUGA